AUGGCAGCGCGCCUGGGGCACCCCGAGCAGGAAGUAGAUGAUCUGCUCGAGCGGCUCCGGAAGCGCAAGGGCCUCACGGACCCGCCACUGGCACCAGCACCGGCCCCCGGUCGCCCCAUGAGGCCAGUCAAGGCGUCCUCCCGCGGGGCGAGCCGCGCGUCGGGAGAGCUCUCCUCGCGCGUAUCGUCAGGCUCUCGCACCUCGUACGUAGCGGAGGACGACAAGGACGCGGAGCGGGCGUCGAUCGCAGCGGAGGCCAAGACCCUGUUCACUCACAGCGCCCCGCCAUUAUGCCUGUUCCGGGAGCCAGCCAAGGAGCUCACGGACGACCAGAAGGACCAGGUCAACUCCGUCGUGAAUCGCAUGGUGACGACGGUGUCGUACAAGUGCGCGCAGGCGGAGCACCCGGACCUCGGGCUCCUCGACGAACACAUAGCGCACCUCUGGCUGCAGGAGGCGCGCAUCAUCCGGCGGCUCGCGGGCAAGCGGCUGCGCGGGAACUCGCGGCGGCAGGACCAGCGGACGGUGUCGAAGAAGAAGAUAGCGUGGGGGGUGUCGUCCCAGCCAGAACCCCCGGUGCCAAAAGUGCUGCGCCCGGCGCCCAACGCGGCGAUGGUCCACCAGGACAUGCACGAAUUCCUGCCCUUCCCGCAGACCGGCCGGCCGCAACGCGAGCACGCCGGCCCGCGCGUGGAGCUCGUCGGAAUGCUCGCGCGCAUGUCGAUGAAGGCGCGCGGCGGCGAGCCCGCGACCUUCAUCGAGCGCCACCCCUCCCCGGUCCCGGGGGGCCUCGACAGCCCCCGGUCCGACUCGCCGAUCCUGGCGUCGGAGCGCGGGAGCGGCGCGACUACGCCGGCCGCGGGCCGCGACGAGGCCGGAACGUCCACCGACGACGCGGCGGCGCAGGCCGGCCUGACCACGGCCAAGUCGGGGGGGUCUGCCUUACAGUCCCUCCCCAGCAGCGGCCGGUCGCGGCACCCGCUGCCGCCGCUGUCGGCGCACCCGCCGCUCACUGUGGCGGAGAAGGAGGUGGAGCUGAGGGAGUGGGAGGCCAUGCUCGCGGACCGGCAUCCGGGGUUGGAGUUGCGGGACGGGGAGACGGGGAACAAGUAUAGCCGGCGGGUGAAGGCGGCGGCGCGGAUGCUGGAGACGAAGCAGAAGCUCGGCGUGUCGUCGUACCCGACGCCGCAGUUCUUUCUGCGGUCGUCGUGCGGGUCGGCGUCGCUGCACAAGAGGAUCCUCGACAUGUCGAAGAAGCAGGCCGACACGAUGCGCAAGGAGAAGAAGCGGCGAGGGAACCGAAACGGGCUCAUCGGGCCAUGA